AUGACAAGUCUAUCGUCGAGGAAACGUCGCAAGCAGGAUGCGGAAGUUGACAGCAUCAUGAAAGAGAUAGAGUCAAAAACGGAGGAAAGGGAGACGGCGCUCGCAACAAGUCGUAAGUUCUUCCUCACGAUAGUGAAAGACGCAACGGAAGAGGAAAUCAAGAAGUCAGAUGCCCUUCAGGACGUGGACAAGAGAUACCGGAAAGAACUUCGUGAGUUGCAAGCCAAGCUUGAUCAAACAAUCAGAGGUCCAACAGAACAUGAUACCAAUGAGGCAACGGCAAAACCAUCAAAUUACCUACCAGCUGAUUCAGACAGGAGUGACGGUUCAUCAAGAUGGGGUUCAAAUACGGAUGGCCCACUGGGCAAGUUACUGAGUCGAAGUCACAAGGAAGUGGUUAUUCUCGACGCAUCGGACGAUGAGGCCGGUGAAAACGAGGACGACGCGGACGACAACUCUUUUCUCGAGGAACUGAGUAAUGCAGAAGCGAUGGCCCAUGCUGAGAAGGUGCAAAAAAGCAGACUCCAGCUUGCUCUUGAAGGUCUCCGUUCCGGCUCCCUCCACCGUGGAAGAAACGACUCUGACAGUAGCAAGACCGAACAGCAAUUAGAGUUUGGGAGCAAAGAGUCAAUGGACUGCGAUGGCAAACGUUUCUUCAAGGGGAGAUGCUACUUCUACCAAUAUGGACGCAGUCAGCACGUGGUUGGGCUCUUGAAGUUCCUCUCCGAACGGGAAGCUGAGUUUGCUUUGAUCGUUCCAUUUUCCGACACAUUUCUUGGAAGGGCAGAAGGCGAGAACUUCAAGGGAGACUGGGAGCCAUGUGCGCAUGUCCAGGUGGAAAUUGAUCCUCUAAUGUUGUCAGACUUGGGCUGUGAGCAUCCCAGCAUUAAAAGCAUCCCCGAGCUCGCUCACGAACCUCAAGGGGUCGUGGGAGCUUCCAUUUACAACUUCUCUUAUUUCUACCCUGGCAAGCGUGAACGCCGCGGUCUUCGAUCUGAAACGCGUUUGCUCGAGUUGUUUGCUGGAUGCGGUGGAAUGGCACAAGGAUUCAAGGUUUGCAACUUCACGUCAGGUUUGGUUGUAGAGAAAGAUGAGCUUGCAGCUGAUUCGUAUGAGGCAAACCACUCGUCUCGCGUUGCUUGCCGUGAUGUGAAGGAAGUGUUGGCAGAGUGCAAGCGAAGCCAACGGCUCAGAGAGCAGAUUGGGUCAGUACACCACAUUCAUGCAUCACCACCGUGCCAAGGCUUUUCUGGCGCCAAUGUUUUUGGUGGUAAGAAUGACAAGGCCAACAACGACCUCUCGUACACCUUUGUGGAUGCCAUUGAGAUAUUUCGCCCUGUCACUGCCACAUUCGAGAACGUCACUGGGAUCUGGCGAAGCAAGAAUAUCCACUAUCUAAAAAACAUUCUCAUCAAGCUUUUGCGUAUUGGAUAUCAAGUGCGUUGCUGCAAACUCGAAGCAUGUGACUUUGGGGACCCGCAGAAGAGACCAAGGAUCUUCAUCUUUGCAGCUCGCAGAGAGGCCUACCUGCCCUUGAUUCCGGAGAAGACACACAGUCUGGGCACGUUUUCAACUUCUCAGGUUACGGUUCGAGACGCCCUUGAAUGCUUUUCUGGUGAGGAGGACGUCGCAACGGGGGAGCAUGGUCCCGGACCGACUGAGCAUGACAUUAAAUUGGAUCCCAACGCAACCGCAUGCACCAUCCGGGCCAGCAAACCCCUUCCUUUCCAUUACAGAUUGAAUCGGAGGAUUACCAUUGCAGAGGCAGCAGCCCUUUUCUCGUACCCUGCUGGAUACAAGUUCAAAGGAAAGCAAACGGACCAACGCCGCCAGAUUGGAAACUCUGUCCCGGUCGAAAUGGCCACUGCUGUCGCCAUGGUAGUCAGGUCGGUGCUGAAGCACGUUUAUGCGUUCGAGGUCGAGAAGUAG